AUGGAGAAUAGUUUUCUGCUACGUAAAACUCAAAAAGAAUAUGAACAGUCUGAUGAAUAUUCUGACUCAGCCGAUGAAAUUGAUGAGCAAGAAUUUGAUAAUGCUAUAAUUUCAAUGUUGAGAAAAAAUAAUUCUA